AUGGUCAACCGCACCAUCACGAGCAUCAAUCUCCGCUCGAACAACAUCGGAGACGCGGGCUGCAAGGCCCUCGCAGAUGCUCUGAAGACAAACACUACGGUCGGCAGCAUAAACCUCGAGAUGAACGGCAUCGAGGCCGAUGGCGGCAAGGCCGUCGCAGAUGCUCUCAAGUCCAACGACAGCAUCGCCAGCAUCAAACUGCAAAAAAACAACAUCCAAGAACAGCUUCGCAAGGAGAUCGAUGCGGCUCUGAAAACUCGCACAGCCGCCACUCACUGCUCAGAUGUGGUGGCGGACUCCGCAGAUGCAACGACGUCCCAGCACGCUUGGACGGGGAGAGUGCGAAUCCAGGAGCUCGCAUCGCAAGUGAAGACCCAUAGCAGCAUCACCACCCUGCGCCUCCGCGGGAUCGAUGACCAGGACUGCAAGGCGGUAGCAGACGCGUUGAAGAUCAGUCGUGCAAUCACCACCAUCGAGCUCUUCGGGAACGGGAACAGAACCAGAGACGACGGCUGGAAGGCGUUAGCCGAUGCGUUGAGGGUCAACCGUAGCAUCACCAGCAUCGUCGUCCUUCGGAGUGUUGUCGGAGACAGGGGCUGCAAGGCAUUCGCAGAUGCUCUGAAGAUAAACACCGCUAUCACUAGCAUCCAAUUUCAAAUGACUGCAAUUGGAGCCGAGGGUGCGAAGGCGCUGGCCGAUGCUUUAACGAUCAAUCAUGCCGCCACCUACAUCGGCCUUUCAAAAAAUGGCGUUGGGGACGAGGGCGGCAAGGCUCUCGCAGACGCCCUGAAGAUCAACACGGCUAUCACACGCAUCGAUCUCGACCACAAUUUCAUUGGACACGAGGGUUGCGAGGCCCUCGCAGAUGCUCUGAAGACCAACACCUCUAUCAGAUGCAUCAACCUCGACGGGAAUGAUGCCCAGCAGCGCGUCGCUUGGCGGAGCGAUCCGUGCCACGUGCUGCCCAUGGAGGUCGGCUGGUCCUACAAGCUUUCGAGCAAGCUCAACAAGACGGAUCCCGACAUGUUGAAUGUGUCGGAUGUGGUCCAGAAUCUGAGCGGCUAUGUUGAACACAUCCUGGUCGGCGAAAUGCUGGACGUGAUUGAGUCCGACUUCGUAUUGCCCGAUAUGGAGAAGAAGGGUGACGAGAGCUCCGAGACGGGUGAGAAGGGCGGGGGCAUGGGCGAGUUGGGCCGGAGCUUGGAGUUCUUGAUGCUGAAAGUCGCCCAGCUUGAAACCCUCGCGGAGAUGCAGCAGGCUUUGAUUGGUAAGCUGCUGAAGAAGAUCGACACCGAUGAUGCGGAGGUCUCCAUGGCACAGAAGCAAUCCGAGGAGAGCAUGCCGGAAGCCCAUGACGUCCUGCAGAGGGUGCUCCAGAAGCACGCCCACCAGCGAAAGCACCGGGAGUACCAUCCGGAGGCCCAUCAGCCGAAGCCGAACACCGACGAGGCUGAGGAGCUGGAGGAAGACGACGAGGAGGUCGAGGAGAGCCCAGGCGAGGAGAGCCCUGGACCGCGCAGGGCCCUGCUUCAAAAGCGAGAAAACUUCUUUCCCGGCGUUCCAACCCCGGGUCUGAGACGCCGAGUCGUACCAGCACCACCCAUUAUUCCCACGAAAGUUCCCACGAAAGUGCCCACGAAAGUUCCCACGAAAGUGCCCUCAGUGCCCGUGCCAGUGCCCGUGCCCUCAGUGCCAUCGGGCGUUCCUGGAGUUCCGGGACUUCCCGACGCUCCCGGAGUUCCGGACAUUCCGCAACUAGUUGCGGCUGCCGUCGAAGAGUGCGGGGACCGUGCGCAAAGGCAGGGUGAGGGCCUGGACGGGCACAGCCAGUUUGGCGCAAAUUGCCCAGCACCUGAUCCAAAACUUGGGGCUGAUGGCGCCAAGAUCUACAUCAACUUUGGGAAGUGGUACUGCUCGGCCACCAUCCUGGGGCGAAGCAUUACACUGUACGAUUUCGACUUGGGCAGGAAGGAAGUCAACGUGCAUGACAUGCUGCCCCCAGAGUUCCAUGACAUUGCCAAAGCCCCCAGCGCUAGUUGUGACAACGUUGCUCCAUCGCUUGGUGUGGACGGCACCAAGCUCUAUGUUGACUUUGGGCGCCCGUCCUGCUCCGUCUCCUUCCUGGGUCGAUCAACCUCGUUCAAUUUGGACUGGGGCAGGAAAGAAGUUGACCUACCCAUGUUAGACAUGCUGCCCAAGCCGCUCAGAACUCUUGCCACCGCGCCCUUGGCUGUGAUCAACGCACAGAUGACCCUGGCGGCCGGAAUCUCUAAUUGUGUCAAUGGGGACAAAACGCAGGGCAUCAUCGAGUGCCUCGGCACCAAAAUCAUCCAGCUGGUGCCCCCGUUGAGCUACCUGAAUCGCAUGAGCGACAUCCUCACGGAGGCACGGGGCAUCGUGGGUGUUCAGGUCAUCGAGGUCUUUGCCAGGAUAGCCGCGACGGUUGUGGAGAAGGCGAUGGAGAAAGGCCCAUCCUUGGUGCAAACGGCCGCCACAGCUAAGUUUCCAGCUGCUGGUGAGCCGCCCAUGCUGCACUACAAGGGCACCAACCUGAUCAUCGAGUCGCACACACGGCAGCUCCCUCCGCCCAGCAGGAGCUGGCCUCCAAAAGAGAUGGCUGCCGUUCAAACAGGAGCAAACCUUUCAGAGGCCGGUGACGAUCCCGAUGGUGUCAUUACCUAUGAGAUGGGCAGCAGCGACGACGUCCAUGCCACGAAGCUCAUCACGCAGUUCGACGGCAGGGUGUCGGUGGCAACAAUUCACUGUGGUGGCGGUGUCAGCCCGGUACGGAAUGCUCAUGAGUUGCCAAGCGACUGGGGUUCUGAGCGUUUCACGGUCGUUGACGUCGGAAACGGUGAGAUCGCCUUUUACAACGAGCCCCAUAAGAGGUUCCUGAACAUGGCAGGCCACGGUGCGGGAUUCAGCGACCACCCGCCGCACCCUCCGAAGCUACCGACCACCUGGACCUGGGAGCGCUUCCGCGUGGUGCCAGCAGAGCGAAUCUUGGUUCCAGGCUCCACCAUCGCCCUGCACAGCCAGCUCCGGAACCGCUUCGUGAAGAUGCACGGGGAAGCCUUGGAACGAAGUCCUGAAAACGGGGCGACGGAGAUGCCCGAUUGGUGGACAUGGGAGCGGUUCACCGUGGUGGAUGCGGGACAUGGACAGUAUGCCUUGCACAACGCUGUCCACAAUCGCUUCGUGGGGGUGGGAGCAGCCAGCCCUCACAGGUUGGUGGAUCAACUUCCUGGAGACUGGGGCUCCGAGAAGUGGGACGCGUGGCCAGCCGGAAAUGGCCAGAUCGUCCUUCACAACAGAGACCACAACCGGAUGCUUCGCAUGUCAGGAGACACUGUGGAUUUCAGUUCCCAUAUGGAUCCAAAGCAAUUGCCAGACGAUUGGACAUGGGAGCGUUUCCAGGUGGUGCAUUUGAAACCAUAUCUUCAGCCGGGUACUGUCGUGGCUCUCCGUUGUCCACAUCAUGGCCGCUACAUCAAGAUGCUUCCAGGUGCACCGAGCGCACUUCUGCUGGCCAGGGAGAACCACAGUCAAAACGAGACUUUCGAAUCCUCUUCUGGCUGGUUCGGAAGCUCGUUCGGAAACAUCCUAAAGCAUGCCAAUCAGGCCGCCCAGCAGGCCGCACAGGCUGCGAAGGAAGUGGCCGAGAAGGCUGCUCGUGAAGCAGCUGAGCAGGCUGCCCGUGAAGCCGCGCUCAGAGGCACCAUCGGCGUCAGCCCUCACAUGGAUGACAAGAACUUCCCAGAUGACUGGACCUGGGAGCGCUUCACGGUUGUGGAUGCCGGCAAUGGCCAGGUCGCCUUCCAUAACAGCAUCCACAACAGAUACCUGAAGAUGCACGGUGACCGAAUGCUAGUCAGCCCCCCUCAAGCUCCCGAUACCUUUCCGUCUGAUUGGGGUUCUGAACGCUUCACUGUGCUUCCUGCUGGUCACGGUCAGUUCAUGUUCCACAACUCUGGCCACAACCGAAUGAUCAGGAUGACAGGUGAUAAGGUGGAUGCCAGUGCCCACAUGAACCCGCAGGACAUGCCGGGCGAUUGGACAUGGGAGCGUUUCCAGAUUGUGCCGGUAAGGCCUUACUUGCAGCCCGGUACUGUGGUUACCCUGCACUGUGCCGUACACAACCGCUAUGUCUCGAUGAAUGGGGCUGCACUCCAGCGAAGCGCGGAGAUGGGCGUCAACGACCUGCCAGCCUGGUGGGACUGGGAGCGCUUCACCGUGGUGGAUGCCGGCAAUGGUCAGGUCGCCUUCCACAACGCCUUCCACAACCGCUUCCUGGAAAUGAGAGGUGCAACGAUGGGAAGCAGUGCUCCCCACGCUGUGUCUGAUUUGCAGAGCUGGUGGACCUGGCAGCGCUUCACGGUGGUGCCUGCUGGAGACGGUCAGUUUGUGUUCCACAACACCCUUCACAAUCGCAUGAUUCGGAUGUCCUCCAGCACCAUGGACAGCAGCGGCCACAAGUCACCACAGGACCUGCCACAUGACUGGGGCUGGGAGCGCUUCCGCAUCGUGCAGGUGUCCGAGGCAAGCGAGACUGCCCAGAAGAUCCCUGCGACCUUCGACUGA